GCCACGCAAAAACGCUCUGUACGCCAGCUACAGCAGCUUACGAGUGAUCGGAAUAGGUCUCGGGGGUCGUCCUCUUACAGAACUUGACCCCAGUAACAUCCACAACGCAUCUCAGAGCGUGCAGCGCAGCGCCCCAGCCAAAGGCUCUCCGGGAGGUUUUGAGCAGCACGCGCGCGCACAUCGAUCAAAAUAAAAGUGGCCGCACAGUGCUGGCAGUAUCUCACCACCACCACCAUGCGCAUGCCCCAGCAAGGCAUGGUCUGGGCCAUCGCCGCGACGAGCCUCGCCUGUCUGGCAGCGGCACUCAAACCAAGUCAGCCGCCGCCAAAACGGCGCAACCCGCUCGUCCGCACCGCGUCUGAUGUGGCGGCCGGCGCGGUCAUGCCUGCAGUCCUCCUCGGCGUCGUCGGCGCCGCGGCCGCGGGCGCCGAGGACGCGGAAGGCGCCGUCGGGAAAGUCAUCCCGACGCGGCUGGCCCGGUUGCUCCGAGAUUCUAGAAUAGCGUGGCGCCAAUUCACGGCGUUCGAAGCGGUCGCGGGCUUCGUGGCGCUCGCCGCCGCCGACGCGAAGGACUCGGGCCGGUCGCUGGUCCAGGCCGGCCGGGCUUUAUUAGAGCAGUGGCGGCGCGCCGGCGAGACGCUCGUCGAGUCUCGCGACGAGGGCGGCCACGCCAUCGACCUCUAUGCAGGGGGCGAUUCGACGCGGCCGCUCGUUGUAUUAGUCCCGGGCGGCGGCUGGUGCCACGGGGACGACGCGCGGCUCUACCGCCUGCUCGCGGCGCGCGUCGCCAAGCGGAGCCGGUGCGAGGUCGCGGUCGCGCAGUACGCCCCCUGGCCGUUGGGCGACGGGGAGGACAUGGUCGACGCCGUCGCGGCGGCAUUGACGUGGGCCGAACGGCGGCGGCCCGGCGGCGUCGUGGCCGUCGGGCUGUCGGCCGGCGCGCAUUUGGUCGCCGCGGCGUCGACGACGCGGGGCGCGCGGCCCGCGGCCGCGGCGCUCUGCUCGGGCGUCUUCGAUCUCGAGGAGCACUACGCGCACGAGAGUAGGAGAGGAGUGCACGACGUGUCGGCGCUCGGCGCGGCCUACGCGGGCAAGAUGCGGGCCUACUCGCCCGUUUGCGGGAAGACCUUCGCGGAUAAAGUGCUCCUCGUGCACGGCGCCGCGGACCUGACGGCGCCGCUCACGAGCGGCGCCGACGCCGUCGCGGCGGUCCACGCGGCCGCGCCUGACGUUGUUUUUACGCGCGUCGACGUCGAGGGCGGCCACCUGGACUACGCGAUGCGGGCCAUGCGCGACGACAAGGCGCCGUUCCUGGACUGGGUCGACGAUCUUGUGGAGGGCGUCGCGGGGGAGAUGGAGUAACCACUGAC